AUGCUGUCCCAAACCCUUGGACUUGCCGUCCUUGCUCUCCCUCUCCUGGCCGAAGCCUCGAAGGAUUGUUCUCAAGCGACCUUCCAGAAGAUCAUCCCCUCCAACUCAACCUUCAACUAUGUCACCAAAGUCGCCGAAGGAGGUACAUUCACCGAUGCUGAAGCCAACGCCAAUGCUACUGGUUUGCCCGAGGGAUGCGCUGUAAGCGUUAAGGUCCCUACUCCAGGCAACUCGUCCUACAACAUGGCCAUCUACAUGCCAAACAAAUGGAACUCUCGCAUCAUCACAACUGGAAACGGUGGAUAUGGCGGCUUUACCAACUGGCAAGAUCUCGGACAAUACUCUCAUUACGGUUUCUCGGCCAUCACCACUGUAAGUUUGUGCAACUUAUCUGACCUCGGGAACCGCAUGACUGACCGAACAGNNGACACUGGCCACUUCAACCCAAACCCACUGGACUCGACCUUUGCUCUCAACAAAGGCUCUCUUGAGAACUGGGGCUGGCGUGCUAUGCACGGCUCGGUACUCGUCGGCAAGGCUCUGUCGGCUGCAUACUAUGGGCAAAGCCACAAAUACUCCUACUAUUCUGGAUGUUCGACAGGUGGUCGUCAAGGUCUGAAAGAGAUGCAGAUCUCGCCCGAUGCAUUCGACGGAGUCUUUGUUGGAGCUCCAGCCUGGUGGAUCCCUCACUUGAGUAUCUACACCAGUCAGGUCACUCUGGGCAACCUUCCUCAGAACUCUUCUCACCACAUCUCCGCUGCAUUGGCAAAUGUUAUCAACGACGAGAUCCUGAAGCAGUGUGAUCCUCAAGACGGCGUGACUGACAACGUCAUCAUGAACCCUGAGGGCUGUGUUUUCAAUCCUUUGACUCUUCUUUGUGAGGGUGCAUCCAACUCCUCGUCUUGCAUCACUCGUCCUCAGCUUGACACUCUUUACAAGGCCUUGCAUGACUGGACAUACUUCGACGGCACCUUGAUCUUCCCUGCACCCAGUCUUGGAACACCCAUCACAGCAUACAUUGGCGACUCUCCCAUCCCGAACCCAAUGGGAACUGGCGCAAUCGAACACAUGCUGCUGAACACCACCGAGCCAUACGACUGGAGCACCUUCAACGAGAGUGUAGUUCGUCUUUCCGAAGCCAUUGAUCCUGGUCAUGGCACCCCAGACAACUACGACUUGUCUACCUUCCAGAAGAGAGGCGGCAAGGUCGUUCACUGGCACGGUGAAGCUGACCCCAUCAUCCCCUUCAGGUCAAGUACAUACUUCUACAGCCAAGUUGCCUCUUCUGUUGCACCCCACGACAUCGAGAUGGACAGCUUCUACAAGUUCUUCCCAAUCGCCGGAAUGAGCCAUUGCGCAGGCAGUCAAUACUCUCCUUGGUACAUCGCUGGUGCUAGUCAACCUUUGACCAACGUUAGCCACGGUGUUCCUGGCUUUGAUGACGCUCAGCACAAUGGUCUGCUUGCUUUGAUGCGCUGGGUCGAGAACGGCACUGCUCCCGAGAAAUUGGUCGCGACCAAGUACAACGAUGAUGACCCUACUAAGGGUAUCUACCGCCAAAGACCUCUUUGCCCCUUCCCCAGUCAACCCGUCUACACUCACGGAAAGGUAGACUCUGCAAGCAGUUGGAAGUGCUCAUGA